GACAUUAUUUUAUUAAUUUUCACUUUCGUUAUACAAUGAGACGGAAAAUUAAUCACCAAAUAUACAUCAUUGAAUUGAAUCGUUAACGAACCAAUAAAAGAAUUUUAAAAAAAUUAUAAUAAAAGAAUGGGUACGGAGUAAUUAAUAAAAAUAAUCCGCGUGUAAUAAAUGUGGCCGCCAUGCACGCGGAUAGAAAUACAAAUCAAUGGCCGGGCCCUUUUGGGCUGGGCCCGGACGGGAGCAUCUCGAGCAAGCUGGACCAGCUCAUCUUGGCCUGCUCAAACACUGAGGAGGACGACGUCGGGAGGCCCGCCGCUACGGCGGCAAAAUCUCCCGGAAACACUCUUCCGGCCUCCACCGCCGUACCGCUCCGGCUGCAGCUCAUCAUGAAAAGAGCGAGGAAGAAGUAGGAGACCAAAUAACAACAGCUCAUUCUC